AUGUAUGGUUACUCGGUUUCUGAGUUGAUUGCUGCCGUCAACGAGACAUCCUCGAUCCCACAGCUAUCUAUGGCUCAGCUCUUUCAGGUCAUAUACCGGUGUGAGGAUAUCUACGGCGGCAUUGUUGGCAAUAGUCUGUGCAUUGAUGGAUGUAUCCCGGCAAAUAAUGCUACUCGUGAUGAUCAAUGCCAACUCUCCGGGGGCCCCGGCGGAACCACUACAGUCACAGUUACUACUGCCGCUCCCGUUUCCUGCUACAAGAAAUGCAUGACAUUUUGUUUCGGAGGCAAUUGCACAACCUGUAUGAACACGAUGCAUCCGCCUACUAUGACUCCGCUUUUGAGAUUUUGA